CCCUCCUCUCUCUCUCUCUCUCUCUCUCUCUCUCUUCUUAUUAAACACACAGGGUCUGCACUCUGCAGCGGCGGGAGGAACAUCGUCUGCGCGCGCUCGUGCCAAAUAUGUGCGCUUGAGUGUGUGCAGGGCACGCACACAUGUGCCUCUCCCGGUAAUGUGAGAAAUCAAGAGGGACACAUCUCCUUGUGGUGGGAUUUCAAUUUGACGCACUGAACGUAACUCUCCCUGCAUGUGUGUCCGCUCGCUAGGCUACAGCUCCGGCGUCGGGCAAACCCUCUCACUGCUGCACUUCAGCCACUGUGGAAUAACUCGUCUGCAGCCGGUCGCCCCGUAUGGCUGCUAAAGAAGCGGACAUGCCCCAGUUCCACGGGAGACUGACGCCUUCACUGUCUUCCUCACCUCCGCUAAUGGUCCUCUCAGGGACAUUGCAGAUACAUUUUCCUGAAUACCACUGCGAGUACUCAUAAAUGACCCAAAGAUCGUUUUCAAUCCUAAUCGUGAUUCAGUUGGCACUUACGAGACACGCAGGAGUUAUGGUCAGUAAGGAAGCAGGCCACUGCACUCUGUCAAGUUUAGAGUCUGACUCAGAGUCUGGUGGUCCUUUGCUGGAGGGGAGCGGAGCAGACGCGGUACGCAAGCGAAACAAAGCCCUGCAGGUGCGUUUUAAAGACAUCUGUGAGGCGCAGAAUGAGGCUGCCCACCGAGGUGCCAGAGACCGCUCCGUUUCCUGCAAGGUCAUCCACCGGAGGUACAUGACCAUGCCGGCUCGCCGCUCCAUCCCAAACGUCACCAAGAGCACGGGCGUGCAAACCUCGCCCGAUUUGAAAAAGCGCUACAAGACUUUCCCCUUUGACCGAAAGAAGGGAAACGUCAUCAAACACACAGCUCUAGUGGAGAAUUACCCAGAUCAAAGCAAUUGUUUUUUGAGUGAUGUAAAGGGUGGGGAACUGGGGACAAGGUGCGAAGGUCGGGUGCAGCAGACCCGGGUGUUGCUCCACACUACACCGCAGUGCAGUGACGCUAAGGACUUGUGUGCUGGGCCGGACUGUUUAGAUGGGAAUCUCUGCACUGAUCUGUCAGACACAGUUUUGGAUCAGUCGGACUCACGGAGGGACACCAAUGUCCUGGGGAGUGGGGCCAAGCACAAAGGAUUACCCAGUGAAAGCGAGGCAGGGGCAGGCCAGCAGCCCAAUUGUGCCUCCUUGACCACGCCGACUCAACCUCUGCAGGUCAGGGGUGACUGUUCAAAGAUUUCUGGCCCUAUUGCAUGGACAUCUUUGACACAAGUGGAAUGCCCGGAGAGCCCCUCAGGGAGCUGCAAACGAAAAAAAGACACGGCACAGCUGAAUGGAUUGCAGACGCAGUCUCAGGCUUUGCCUCAUUCGGCGAGUUGCGCUUCCCAGGCCCACUGUCACAGUAGUCAAAACGCGGGCACCGCAGAGACCCGGCAGGGCAUGCAGGGGCAGCUGAUUGCUCUCCCUGGGGCCGAUGGGAAUGUGAAAGACAGGCUCCAAGCUAUGGAGGCUCUGAUCAACUCCAGUCAAGAAACCAUCAAAGUGCUGCUGGGGGUAAUUCAGGAGCUGGAAAGAGGAGAAGCACAGCGAGAGGGACUGUCUUAUCGAACUGGGCAGGAUACAGCCAACUGUGACACAUGUCGUAACAGUGCCUGCAUCAUAUACAGUGUGGAACUAGAUUUUAAACUUCAAGAGGACAAACUUCAGCCCUUAAUGAAGAGACUGUGUCCAUUAGAAGAGCCGUCCUACCCCUCUCUGCCUUACACACACGAGGUGUUCACCUCUACACCCAAACGCAAGUCCAAGACUGAGACCAAGAAGCAUGCACGAUGGAAACUCUGGUUCCUCUAAUAUAUGGAUCCAGGAUCCCUAAAACCAUCACAAAUGAGCAAAUUCUAGUGGAAUUGGAUAAACAUGGAGAAAUGCUCACUGCUAGCCACCGUUUGGAACAUGCAUCACGGGAUCCACUGAACGACUGGAUUGUAGUAAGGAAUAACAGUUGUUUUCUAAUCAUGACCCUCUGAUGAACCCUCUGUGUUUGGGAACUGCUGAAUUCACCUGAUCUCACAUUUUUCAAUGGGAUUACACAAUGAUCCUUAGGUUUAGUCAAGUUAGCAAGGUAAGAGAACAGGGAUGAUUGUUGGUGUGCUGUGCAGUGUGUGUGUAUGUUUUCCAGUGUCUAACUGAGAUCUCUCUCUUCUUUCUACAUUUAUCCCAUUUUACUUUAGGGACCCUGCAGAGGCAACAAGAAACUUCAAAGCUAAAACACUAGUUUGCCACAAAACUACUUUGGAGCCGUAGAUCAAAGACAUUUAAUCAGCAAAGCACAAACUUUUGAGGAUUAUAAAGUAGCUUUGAUAGCUGAGAUAUACCUCUGUCUGUUUCCCUGUUUUUCCCUCUUUUUCAUUCUUUCUUUCUUUCUUUCUUUCUCAAAGUCUCUCACCUCUUCAGUUUUUUAAUGAAAUUUGAUUACCAUUUUAUGACAGAAUAAAUGAUACGAAUGAAAUGAAAUUAGUGAGUAAAUGCAGAAUCAGCUGACUGCAUGCACUAAUAAUCAAUAACUUUGUAGAGAUAUUUUUCUGGAAGAUGUUGAGAAUGCACAAUUAGGUAAGGUAAGAGGUAAGGUUGUAAAAGGGGUUUACACACUGGUGUUCUCAAAAAAAAGUAGAUUAUAAUAAUAAUUCAUGAAAAUACGGUGACUUUCUGUUUCAAAUAAUGGGCCAUCAACAUUUCUGGAAUAAGAACAACUUUUUCAGUGUGCAGAUGUUCUGGUCUGAAACUAUUUUCUUGGGAAUGUGAUGCUGUAUUUACAACAUACUGUAAACCUAGGUCAAUUUUUCAGUAAAUAUAUUUUUCAGACUCAUAAAGAUGCUUGAGAAUUGGCUGGAGAUUACAGGCAAUAUGUUCCAUGGUGGAAAACAAAUAUGAGAACACACCUCAAAUCUGUUUAGAUGAUCAUUGUUUUGUGUUAUAGGUUGGACAGUGCACAAAUACAGAACACAAAACAAUAGUAAUAGGCUCUAUCCUACAGAACACACCACUCUGUUCAAGCUGACGUGUAAUUUGCUCAAUUAAAUUUGAAUAUGAUGGCAGUCAAUCACCAAAAUCUUGUGCUUGUUUACCCACCUAAAACAAAGUAAUGAAAGGAACACAACACACAAAUUGGGGAGUAUAAUAAUGCAGGUAACAUAGAGGGCUAUGUAUAUACAAACUGUGCUCAUCAUUUUAUUAGCUUCAAAGAGUCUUUGUGUUAGAUAUUCUCAAGUCUAAUGUCUUCACUACAGUGCCAAACACUGUAUUUAGCUGGUAGCCCAAGAACCUUCAUACUUGGAGGGUGUUUUUGAUAACUGUAGGAUAUAUAUUUAAAAGUAAUAUUAUGUAAAAAAAUAUAUAAAAAAAAAAUCUUGGUCACAGUAUCUUGUUGUUGAAUUGGAGCACAGUACUUGUAAAUUCUUGUAGCAUAACCCAAAUGCAUCAUAAUACAUUGAGAAAGUGCAAUUGAUUUAUAUUGUGCAAUAUUACAUUUUAUACAAUUUCUACCCACAGUGCAUUUACAAUAAAGAAACCAAUGCAAAAUAUCCUGUUCCCGUGUACAUUUUUUAGUGUCGGACCCAAGGAGUGUGGGUUGCUUUGGGAUUUUUGCAAAGUGCAUUAUAGUGGUGAUACUCAAUUCAUGAAGAUGAUGGAAUAGUGCUUUGAACAGGACUCAGCUGGAGGAUUAGAUGGUUGCAACACUUUUCUCUAAAAUUGAUUGGCUUCAGCUUUGGUGCACACUCCACAGACGUGCUCUGUGAUUGGACGGCCUCCAGUAGAACACCUGCUGCCAAGAUACUGUCAGUCACUUUGAAUCAAGGGAUGAAAUAUUCCUCUGAACUCUUUCUGAAAACAUAACUAAUCUAAACAUGGCGAAUGUAAUUCUGCUGACCCAUCUUAGGGAUAUGACUACAAACGAAUCUCUCCAGACGUUCCCUGACCUUAUUCUCUGAUCAAACAGCCUUAUUUUAAUAUUGAUAACAGUUGCUACUUAAGAUGAUGUGCACAUGAAAGUGGUGAACAAAAUGACACUGACAACUGAUUGCAUUUCUGUACCCCUGCAAUCUUUCCAAACAGACUGA